CGGAAACACCUAACUGAGACAGGCUGAUUCGAAGAGACGAGACGUUGUUUUGUCAGGAUGAAGUGUGUGUGGUUGUUCCUGGUCCUGGCGGUCCUGGUGUUGGUGAUAGCUGACUCCGGAGAUGCUCGAUCCUCUCGCUCCAAGUACAAGUACAAGUACAAGCACAAAGGAGGAAAGAAGUUCUUAAAGGAACGCAAAUAUUCAGGAGGCAUGAAGAAGAACAAACGAUAUGGGUCUAAACGGCUGUGUAAGUUCCUACCACCUCCGCCUCCGCCUCCACCGCCCCCACCACCCCCACCGGCCCAACCCGAACCCACCCCAGAACAACCACCAGAAAUAUUUAUCAUCUAAAUAAACUUGACGGGGCAUACUUCACUUCUUCACAACUGUUUUCGGUACUUUAAAUUGUCUGUAUGUGGAAGAGGAAGGAGACAAAAGUAUCUGUAAUUAGUUGAAUAAUUAGUUUUUCCAGUUUUGUUUUCAUCAUCUUCACUUUUGAAACUUAGAUCUCAGACGUUAAUUAAACAUGUGUAUGGGAGAGGUUUGCUAAUUAACCAAAGAAAAUGCUGAAUUGUAAUCUAUUUUUUGUAUCACCUGCAUUACU